UUUCGUUCGUGUGAAAGGUGAAAAAGAUUACAAUCGAAAAAAGAUUAUUCGGUUCGUUCUUCUCGCGAGUGUGUGAAAAAUUGGUGAAAAUAGUGCUAAUUUGUGCGUGAAAAAUGGUCCACUAGCGUGGAUUUGUCGCCUCGAAAGCUACGGUACACGCGGAACGUGAAAUUUGCGCCGGAGAAUCAUGAAUUGCCACCAGAUACUGAGCGGAGCCUGCAAUGCUGGCGAUCGUUGUUUUGCAGUCGGAUCCGUCGAAGGAGUCCCAUUCACUGCGUACGCAGCGGGAUGUAAUAUCGUUAUCCUAGCGAGUAACUUCGAGCGGGUGCAAAUUAUCCCGGGGGCGGUGCACAACUACAUUCGGAUCUCGGCCCUGGAUUGCAGCACUGAUACGGGUAAAAUCGCUGCCGCCUACGAGGACAAAGUGUGCAUCUUUGAACCGACACCGUUGAUUCACGGCGAGCGUCCCUCCUCGCAUGGAUUGGAGUACAAAUGGGUUCAAACAGGCAGCCUACAAGCCACAUCGCACAUCAGUUCUCUAUCUUGGAAUUUGGAAGGAACACGUCUGUUAACCGGCGGAACAGUUUUACAGCUGUGGCAUGAGCGGCUGUCCAAGCAAGAUGACGACGAACCCACUUCCGUCAAAUUUGAAAUCGGCGGAGAUCGAGACCCGAAGACGCCAACAAAUGAGGAAGAAUCCGAUUCGCAUUGGGAUUGCGUUUGGAAGUGUCAUACCGCCACACCGGUACACCACAUGGCGUUCAGCCCGGAUGGUACACUGUUUGCCACCUCCGGCAAAAGCGACCGAUUGGUCAAGGUGUGGUACGAGAACAAGCACAUACUGUUCCCGAACAAAAGCUUCGAUCAAUCGCAGACGCAAAGUUUCUGCGGUCAACCGGAGGUUAUCUACGGUUUCGUGUACGUUGCCCACCCGAGAGCUGUGACCCAUCUGUCGUGGCGCAAAACCAGCAAGUACAUGCCCAAAGGUUCGGUAUCCAACAUGCUAGUGACAUCGUGCUUGGACAACAUCUGUCGCAUUUGGGUGGAAACGGUCCUACCCGAUGACGGCUUGGUCAAUAUGAACCAGUUUGACCCCCUGGCAUCACAAAAUCCAAAGUUUCGAACACACCGGCAUAAGCAUCGGUUCAUGCAACGAUUGAAGCACAUGAAAACGUGCUUCCACAUAAGACGCCAUGCGAAGCAUAACGGAGGCACCGGUUUGAAUGGAUUGGGGGCCGGAUUCGGGGGUCCUGGAGCAAGCGCCGGGUUCGGUAACCCUCCGAUUCCAACGCUCCCGUCCACUUACAGUGUUCACGAUUUUCACUCGUACGGCUAUCACGGCACCGGAGUGACGCCAGGUCUGCAUUUCCAUUUGGCGGCUUCGAUCAAUGCCGAAACGGACAUCCCGCUGGUUCCGUCGAUGCACACGAAUGAUCCAUCGACGCAACCCAACUUCAUUCUACAUUGGCUCAAUAACAAAGAGAUGCAUUUCUCUCUGCAAGCAGAGGCUAUUUUACAAGAUAUGACGAGAAAGGUGAUCGAGAAAGAAGAUUUACUAUCCAGUGCAAACAGCGAAGGACAUUCGGAUGGUAUGCACGACGACGAUUUACCGAACGAAGACGGCAAGAAAAAGCCAAAAAUUAAAUCAACAUUUUCCCAAGACGAGAGCAACAGUGAAGAGCAUCCGGCCUACCCCGCUCACCGGUCGCAUUCCGUUGGGGGUGGAUCGCACACUGGAAUACCAAGUCAUCACACCCUAUCGAACACGACUUCUAUCAACUCACUGGCCAACGAUGGUGGUGGUGGAAACAUCCAUGUUACCGAUUCGCUGGACAUGAAAAUCGAAUGUCUCUUGCGGGAUUGGCAUCACAGUCCGGAUUUACUGUUUUCGAUCCACCCAAUUGAUGGAAGCUACCUGAUCUGGGUAGUUGAAUGGCUAGACGAGUACCAUCCCGGAUCAUUCCGUCAAGCGCAGGUUUCGUUCUCUACCAGGAUUCCCUCCGCGUUUCCGCUGGGCGAUGCAAUGUCAAUGUCCACCACCGUCGCCCUGUACAACACCGGCGGUAAUUUAGGCUUCCGCGACAUGAUAGUCAAGGGGCCAAAAGCAACCAAUGGCAGUAACGGAAGCAACAAUCCAGACGUUAAUAGCGAUACCGUAACAUCACUUCCCAGUGUGCUGGAAGAAAAUGAAGUCAACGAAGAGGACAACGAUAACGACAAGGCAAGCGGUGCGGACGAUGCCCAAUCCGCAAAGGUUGGCGAAACUGCCGGCAACGAAAAUGGUGCGGAACAUUCGGACAUCCUGACUGCUCCGCCUUCGCCGGUUAUUUCGAUGGUAACGAAGCAUUCGAACGGCACACUCAAUUUGUGGCAACUUACCUUCGCGGACAAAAGCAAGUUCUCCCAGGUGCUGAGUAUUGGUCAUGCUUCCCGAGCAUCCGGUCAUCGGUUCCGUGUAAAUGACAUAACUUGCCAUCCGGUGUUGCCGCUCCUGCUAACCACCUCUCAUCACAACAUCCCAGACAUUCCCAACGCCAAUGCAAACUAUCCUGGAAAACAAUCGGACGAUCCAAAUCAAAAGCCACAUCGUCCCAAAGACAUCUGCACGCCAUCCGGAUUUUGCUCCGAGCUAAUUCUUUGGCGUGUAGAUGCCGUUGGACCACUCUCUCAAUCAGGAGGGGUGAGCGAACUCGCACGCAUAAAUUCUCCGGAGAUUUCCGCAUUCAGUAACGUGGCUUGGAUUCCAACUCUGCUUCCGAGUACUACCCUGGGUAAUUUGAGCAAUUCUCCUUCGGCAUGCUUUGUUGCAAGUGAUGGCGAAAGUCUUCGGGUAUACCAAGCGGUCAUUGACGCUAGAACCCUACUAGCAGAAAUUUCCAGCUCGGAAAGACGGUUCCGCCGGAUGGAUUCGAUGGUGUCGCUUUCGACCGAAUCGUCAUCGGAUAAUAUUCCGCCGGCACAAUCUGCUCUGCACGACAAGAUCAAAAUAGUAUCACAACAGUCCACGGCCAGACCUGGGUGUAUUAUACAGUUGGACGCCAUAGAUGAUGCUACUCACGACUGGCAGAAUACUCAAUUUUUGCAUGUGUUCCAGGAGCAGCUUAUCACUGGCGAACGAUCCGAGGAGCCCAUAUUUGCCAGUGGCAGCGACACUAAACACGUCGGAUUGAUGGACGGUCAAAUGGGAGCCAUGGUGGAUCUUCAGCGAAAUGCCCAAUUUGAAGAACCCUUCUAUCUAGUCGUACUUGAGCGGACUCAAAAUGGAACAACCGUGCAUAUGUGGCGCAUUGUUAUUGCAUCUCAGCCUGCGGCGCCGGACGAAAUGAGCAGCAGCAUGAUGUACGUUCCGGAUAGCAAUCUGGUUCAAGACCUGGACGAUCCUGAGUUUAUCCAUCGCGCGUCGAUGGCCGGCAUUCAGAUUCCAGAGGAUCCUAAGAUUCCUAUCGAUCAAAGUCCGCAUGUGAACAUCUCUACGACGAAAGUUUGCACCCAAGAACUACCCCUGCCGGACGGAGUGGAUGUCAUACACGCCGCCCCAGCUGCUGGCCAUCUGAGUUCGUCCUCGAUUUAUCCGGCUUGCUUUGCGCCCUACAUUAUUGUUACAGCAUGCUCCGAUUCCACGGUUCGCUUCUGGAAGUGUAAAGCUCCCAAGAGUGACGCCAGUGCAGAGAGUAAACUGAAUUUCAAGUACGAAUGGUUUGAGUGGGAAAUGAUCCGAAAGGACCAGGAAUCAACCAUCGACGUCAAUGGGCAACUGUUACACAUAAGUGCAGCGUAUUCAGGAAGAAUCGCCUGUGCGUACAAGUAUGGCAAAUCGUUCACCAGACCUACCAAGAGCAGUGACCCGGAAACCCGUUACGUUAACUUGUGUGUUGCUAUUUACGAAUGCGAAAGUACCGGCGGAAGCGAAUGGGUACUGGAGGACACUAUCCAUUUGAAGAACAUUCAUCUGCCUAGAAUUCAGGUUGAUCCACAUUUGGAUUUGAGCUAUCUGUACGAUAAUCGUACAUUGCAGAAGAAACAGCGUUUGAACCAAAUGUUGCAGACAUUAUCUCACGACGAAAUUCGCUCCGGACGCAACGGGGAUGUGACUCCCGAGUCUCUCGCCAAGCCCGGUUCGGGGCUGCUAGCCGUGCCAAGCUUUAGCACACUGCAAUCGCUACGCAAGAGUAUUACAGAACAUGGAAACACCUGCCCUCUGACUCAGAAGCAUCUGGUUCAGCUGGAUUGGGUCUCCAAGGAAGACGGAUCUCACAUCCUCACGGUUGCAGUUGGUAGCAAGAUUAUGCUUUUCACACCGGUAUCCAGCGAUUUGGCACAGUCGAACAUGAAAGCUAUGAAAGAAUCCCAAUCAUCGAACCGACCUCUCCUGCGGAAGGCCAGUUCUCUAGCCCAGCCUCAUUUCAACGAUGAAAUCCGGUGGAUGAAGCUGCGUCAGAUCGAGUUACACACCGCGGACAGCUUGCCUCCGUUGCCGAUGCAGAUUUCUUGGGUUCGUGAUGGUAUUUUCGUCGCCGGCAUGGAUUCCGAAAUGCAUGUCUACUCCCAAUGGAAGCCGGAAAACAACGCCAUCAAUCACAUGGACAUUGAAGAUUUGUACGAUAACCGUUAUCUGAAGGAUGAGGAUCUUCGAUCGCUCGCGCAGGAGAAUACCCAAAGACGCCUGGCGAACGUUUCGUCCAUGCCGGUCUUAUCGCGUGUCAGCUCAAUCAACCUUCAGAUGCUUUCGAAUGACAGCAAGAAAAAGAAACCUGGAACGGCUAGCACCGGUCAGAUCAACAGUGGCCACGAACAGCAACAGCCAGUCCACGACUAUAUGACCGACUACGGUCUCUUCGAGGCAUCAAGGAUUGCCUGUCCCGUGUUGCCCCAGUACCAUCCGAAACAGCUUAUGGAGCUGCUCAACUCCGGUAAGAUCCGCUGGGUGAAAGCGAUUCUGGCCCAUCUGGUUCGGUGCAUCAGUGGUUCGUAUACUAUUCGUGGCGGCAGCGGCGAUGAGGAGAGCCUCAACAGACAGCGUGGUUGGUCUAGAUCUCGCACACUUUCUGUUAGCUGUCCAGCAGGCACUGUUAGUCCUCUUGAACCGAGAGGGUCGACGACACAGAUCCCAGAAGAACUAACAUUGGAUUACGCUGAAAUAACAUCGAUUCCCCCACUUCCACUGUGGACCCUAUUGGCGGCAGACAAAGAAACAGUUGGAGUAACGGCACAACAAAGCGAAGAAGUAAAGGAUUACAAUGAUCUGUUUGAUAGCAAUGUCGUCGAUGAAUCACUGGACGAUUUGCUGGAAGACGAACCCGAUGUUAGCCGUCACACCGAUCGUCGGUCGUCCCUUCCCGAAAGACACUACCUUUCCCAUUUCGGACCAAGACAAGGUCAACUCCUGUCUCGCUUACUGACCCACACCCAUCUACCAGGGCUUUCAUCUCUUGAUCAGAUGCAUCUUCUAGCGCUUGCUGACACGGUAUCCACCUGCAAUACGGACUUUGCCGAACGGUUCGCAAUCGAUGCUGCUAAAACAGCAAUUGCCAAGGAAAAUCUUACGGGGGUACCGAAUACCGAACACGUUUCCACAGACUCGUUGGAUGAUCGUGGCCUGCGAUUCUUGCUUGCUAUGAAGCACUAUAACUAUUUGCUCCGCUGCUUGCCUAUUGUUCAGAGGCAGUCGUUCCAAAGACAAGGAGUAGGGACCGCAAACAUCGUUUGGGCGUUCCAUUCCGAAAGCGAAGAGGAAUUGCUGAAUUUUAUCCCAUCUUAUUUGAAAGGUCAACCAAAGUGGCAUGUAUUGAAGGAAUUAGGCGUAGGUUGGUGGUUAAGGAACAAUACUCUUUUGAGACAGUGUAUCGAACGAUUGGCAAAGGCAUCUUUCCAGGCUAAUCAAGACCCGUUAGAUGCGGCGCUGUACUACAUGGCUAUGAAGAAGAAAUCUGUUGUUUGGGGGCUCUUUAGGUCACAAAGAGACGAAAAGAUGACACAAUUCUUCGCGAAUAACUUCAAUGAGGACCGUUGGCGAAAAGCUGCUUUGAAGAAUGCGUUCGCCUUGUUGGGCAAACAAAGGUUCGAGCAUGCAGUAGCAUUCUUCUUGCUUGCCAAUUCUUUAAAUGAUGCUCUAGAGGUUUGUUUGACUAAGUUGCAAGACUUACAGCUAGCACUUGUUAUCACUCGUUUGUUCGAAGGAGAACAUGACCCUACACCACCAAGCUUUAAACGGCUUUUGUACGAAGAAGUGUUGGGUUGCGAUAAGGAUGGCGAGAAUCAAGAUCUGGGUCGCGCCCAUCCUGAUCCGUUCCUGAGAUCCAUGGCUCUAUGGAUUUUGAAGGAUUAUUCCGGUAGUUUAAGCACCUUACUGGAUAGCAACAUCGGUAGUAUGCACCCGUUAUUUGACGAUGAAAAUGCUUCGACCAAUGCCGACGGAUCACAUGCCACCAAUCCAAAUGUAUUCAACUUCUACGUCUAUCUACGCACACAUCCCUUACUCAUUCGUCAGCAUAUUGCUUCUUCAGCUCAAGAUAAGAAGCGUGCCCAAGUAGUUCUUGCCGGCUUUAGUUACGGUAGUGAAACGGCAUCCUCGACGAAGCCUGGCCUUACUACGGACAAGCAGAUCCAACUGGAAGACUCCAUUACUCCGUUGGAGCGACAACUGUACUUCACAACGGCCCAUGCACACUUCAAGGCCGGUUGUCCAGCUCUUGCCUUGGAAGUGCUUAGUAAGCUCCCUUCGAAGGUCAUCGAUUCGGAUUCAAACAGUCAACUGCAAAGUCCAAACGACACCAAAAAGCAGUGUAAUUCAAUAGCAACGGGCAUACUGGAUUGGAGCAAGACAAGUCAUGCCGAUUCCGGAAAGGAGACAUCCAAUUCGAUCGACUGGGGCGCACCAGCCUCUUCGACGGCCGUGGAUUGGAGUACACCGGCCAGUGGUUUCGAUUGGGGUGCUCCUGUUACGUCACAAGUGUCCAAUAGUGCGGAUGAGUUCAAAAUUGAAUGGGAUGACGAUGAUAAAAAUGAAGAGGACGAGGACAGUGACGAAGGAAUUCAGUUGAAAAAAUCGGACACAGAAGAAAAGAAUGACGUCGUUGAAGAAGACGAACCGGACUCCAAGGGUAGCUUGGACAUCAUGGCACAACAGCUUAAGUUUAUUGCAUGCUUGAAAAUUCUGAUGGAGGAGCUUUCAACAUUAGCGACUGGAUUUGAAGUCGAUGGAGGACAGCUGAGAUACCAACUGUAUGUGUGGUUGGAACGGGAAGUGGAAGCCCUGAAGCAGCUUUGUAAUUACAGUAGCGGAGAUUCAGACAACACGGCUAUCGAGGACAAUAAUACUACGGAUGCAUUAGAUCGAGACACGCCGGUGCUGUCGAAUAAGUUCCCGCACGAUAAACCCACUUUGCAUGAAAUUUUAAUUCAGGAGAAACAAGACUUUGAGGCUAAAGUUCAGCGUGCAGCUAGAAGGAAACGUUGGCUGAAGGCUAACGAAACACUAUUGAGAACAUUGUUGAGUUAUUGUUCUUUACACGGUGCAAGUGGAGGCGGUUUAGCGUCUGUACGAAUGGAACUGGUUCUACUGUUGCAGGAACUGCAACAAGAAAAGACUCAACAACAGUUGCUAAGUCCGCUGCCAUUCCCUACUACUCUGCCUCUGUUAAGCGCUUGCGUGGCUGGCAAUAAAACAGUGAUUGCUGAUCCCUUACGAUACUUGCAAUCGCAUACUCACGACAUGUUACAAACCAUGGUGGAUAUGAGGAACCCACCACAUGCUCAACGAACCGCAUUCCCGAAUGGAAUCUUUGUACUGCGAGAUUUGGGAGUUGCUCUUUCUGCCUGUAUCUACCAAUCUCUCUGCGACUCCGACACCUUCAGCGUAAAGCAAUCGACGGUUACCGAGGGCUGUCACAGUCCUGGAAUGGAAACUAUCGCUAAACUGAACGCCAGCUGCCAAAGCACUCAUCUCAUGGCCAAUGCUGCAGCACACCAAAGACGACGCAAAUAUUCGACUGACGAACCACUCGCUGUAAGUACGCCUCCUUCCAAAUGGCCAGGUGUAACCAAUCUCCGGGCGCUUCUGGCGCGUGAAAAGGACGAAGACACACCCCGUUUGAAUGUUCUGCUGUGUGAAUCCUUCGUGGCCACCUACAUGGCGCUAUUCGUGUACGCACUGACCACUUGCGAUUGUCACAUCUUGUAUCGAUUGGCCGGACAAAAUUUCACAGACUACACAUGGUCCACGCUGUACGGCGGAGGUGUUAAAAAACUUCUCCGUAAGGCUACGUCACAUGUGCAGGCUGCCCAACAGGUCGUACACGCCCAGGUCCAGCAGGAAAGUCUGGAAAGCCCGGUGGCCGACGGAAGCGUCUGGGGAGCGGUUACUUCACUAACGAAACAGCGAGUGAAACUGAACAUGAAACUGCUUGGGCAUUUCGCUGGACCGCAAGGUCCGGCUAACAUGAAGGAGGAUAAGCCUACUUAUCGCGAGCAGUUCGUUCCUCCGGAGAUGUCGAUGGUGGCGUACUUCCUCACGAAACCGGUUCCACGAGGUGAUCCCGAUGAAGACGACUACGACUCGGCCGAUUCGGCGGUGUCAGAUUUGGACGAUGACGAAGACGACGAGGAUGUGUUCAACGACCCACUGAACAACGAUCCCAAGGCCAACCAAGUGUCGGCAGCGGUUCGAAAGCAUCGGCGGGAAAACACAGAACACUCCAAUCCAAACUCGUAUUCGUGGUGUGUUAUGCGAUUAGCGUUGAUACGGGUAGCACAAAAUCAUCUGCAGACAUUCAUCAAUGUGGCAGGGAUCGAAAUGCAAGAACUACCGGUGUGCAGUCCGUUGAUUCAUGGAAUCCUUCGUUCAUUGUCCGCGUGGCAGGAUAUACUAAAAGAAGAAUUGGAAAAUCGAGGUCCCGCAUCGGUUGAUUACAUUCCAGGCUGUUUUGUUGAAUCCGAAGCAAAAGGCCCCGCAAUUCAUAAGUAUCGUUCACUGUUGGAGAAGUCCAACACCCCGUUCAGCCCAUGUCUUUCAUCCGCUGCACCCGCUCGAAGGCUGUGGAACUAUCUGGUACGUAUCGAGCUAGUGCAGGACAUCUUCAUUCGAGCAGUAUUCGGCAAGAAGAAACCGUCGCCCCAUCUAACCGACAACACGAUCGGUUCGAUUACCAAUUCGGCCAACGAUUCGGGUACACCGAUCGCGAACGAGUCCGCAGUAGUUGCCGGUGGUCAAACGCAACUACAGAACAUUCCAGAACCAGUUAGAAUUAUACAUAAGGAUCAGGAGCAGAUUUCCGCAUUUUGUCUGAAUUUGGUGAAUCCAGGUUUAUUGGCGCUAGCCACCCCCAGGGAAGUUCAAGAAAUGGACAUUUCCUUGCUGCUGGAAUCACCCAACUGGAUGGAAGAUGAAUGCGAAAUGGACAUCAUGAACUUGACCAAGGACAUUGAAACGAUUCCGUCGAGCAAUUUCUUGGUUAUACAGACCUCCACAGAUAAACAUUUAGUCAACACGAGUAUCAACGCCGCACAAAACUUUGGUGUUCCAUCUAGUCCCCAGCCUGGAAUUGCAGGACAGUCUGGACGUGGUGCGUCCGUGAUAAAAGGAGCAACAUUCCCUGGAAGUCAGUGUCCACGCUUCUGCAAACUGGUUAUCGAGCGUUCAAAGCACUUGCUAAAACCGGUGCUCAAACACAAGGUGGACAACAUAAAGCGCAUGAGCGCCCAUCCGCUCAUGCCACUUUAUCUAACCGGAGGUCAAGACGGGUCGGUGCAGAUGUGGGAAUGGGGCCACCAGCAGGUAGUUUGCACGCCGCGGCCACCCGGAACGUUUGCCAAGGUCACCCGUUGUCGGUUCUCGCAGCAUGGUAACAAAUUCGGCAUAGCCGACGGAGAUGGCAAGCUGAGUUUGUGGCAAGUUGGAUUAGCUAGUCAGAGCAAUAGACCGUUCUUUACUUAUUUAUGCCAUAAUAAAGGAAUCACUGAUUUCGUGUUUCUCGGUUCGUGUAGUUUAGUAGCGACAGCGGGCCACAGUUCGGAAAGUAAAAAUGUUGCCAUAUGGGAUACCCUCCUACCGCAGAAAAAGGCUCUUGUGUCGGCUUUCACCUGUCACGACCAGGGUGCGUCUAGUCUAGCCUAUGCUCCACAACACCAACUGUUGAUUUCGGCCGGCAAAAAGGGCGAUAUAUGCAUAUUCGAUGUGCGACAACGUGUACUUAGGCAUCGUUUCCAGGCUCAUGAAAAUCCAAUCAAAUGUCUAGCUAUUGAUCCACACGAGGAACAUUUUGUAACUGGAUCAGCUGACGGUGAUAUAAAGGUCUGGGGCCUGACGGUCCACACGCUGCUGUACAGUUUCAUCGGUGAGCACGCCCGUAGCAGCUUCUUCAAGCACAUUGGCCAAGGUGUGACGCAGUUGCAGAUCGACCAGGGUGGUCGCCUUUUCUCCUGUGGUGCUGAUGGUUCCAUGAAGGUUCGGCUCCUGCCGGAUCGGGAAUCAAUUGUCCAUUCGCUGUAUUAGUUUACUAGUCUAGUAAAGUCUGGUGGAACAGAGGAUUGCUGAUAACAUAACAGAUUGAAACUGAUACUAUACAGGACGUUGCGAUAAGGUAUAUAUAUAACAAAAAAUAACUACAUCGUGUUUAAAGUUUAGGAAGCGAGAACUCUCCUUGUAAGUGUUAUUGUAUUUGUAAUAAACGAUGAGAAUCAACUUCAUAUAUGCAUAUUUAUACAAAAUAAAAAGCAUCGAGUAUUGAAAAAUUUUAUCCGUGCAAAUUCCAACAUAUUUUGAACACAAUGAGAGUCUACUCCAGCAGUUGUUUUCAUCUAAAUUGUUAUCAAACGAAUCUACCUACCACGAAACUUUCAAGUUACACCUUAUUAUUGUUCGUGCUCUUUAAACCUAUCGCUGUUGAAAAGUACUGAUGAAGCAUCAAAUAAUCUUACAUCGGAAAAAAAAUAAUCAUUCUUACCGCUGACAAUACCCAGAUUAAGAUGUAUUACAUAUUAUUGAAUAAAGGAAAAUACCAAAAAGUGAAUAGAAAAAAGAAAAAUAGGAAUAUAUACUGAAGCAAGUAAAAUAACAUAGUGGAAUGCAAGCGUUUAUCUAGGGAAGAUACGCAAUAAAAAGUAGUUAACUAUACGAUGAUACUCUGAACAGAAAGGAAGCCAACCCUUCUCAUAUAGUUAACGCUUGUUUAAGAUAACAUCGAUAUUGUUGUUUUGUUUCUUAAUAUUCGCAUUACAUAAAGUAAACCAUUUGGGUGAUAAGCUGAUUUCUUACUUUAGUUUAUUCAUUGCAGUGCUUGCUUCGCGUUUACACCUUGCUGGCUUGUGUGCUAAAUAUUUCAUACAUUUAAAAUUUAUCUCGUUGGCUUAACUUAACACUAUAAUCAAAAUCAUUUUAUUGCUGAACUGUUGCUGAUGUAUGAUGGAAGGUGAACCAAACAACCCCCCGCAAGUAUUCAAAUCUAAUACGACACAAUCACACGCUGCACCUAAAAUACAGUUUAGCAUCAUAUUAAAAACACUUAAAGUACACCAUACACUUGUAUUGAAGCAACUAAAACUGUUAUAUACAAAAUCCACCUAUUUACAAUAUAAAAAAAAACUAUGUAUAACUGCUAGCGAUAUAACAAACAAAAUAUACUAACGAAAGCAUUAUUUGGGAGUCGAAGAAACAUGUGAGAGUCACGUCAAGGAGUAUGUGCAAAAUAGUUAAAAACAACAAACGAAUAAUGCGAAAAGUAAAACUUAGGGAAUUUUUAUUUAUUUAUGAAUAAAUGUUUAUCGUUGA